GACUAAAUUGUCCGUAGGUGUGAAUGUGAGUGUGAAUGGUUGUUUGUUUGUAUGUGACCUGCGAUUGGCUGGCAACCAGUUCAGGGUGUACCCCGUCUCCUUACUUUGUUAAAAGAGGCUUGUUACUUUUUUUUUCAACCUCCGUGGAUGACAACACAAUGUUUAAAAAAAUUAAAAAAGUAAAUGUGGAGAGGUCAAGUCACUGUCAGUUGAGGUCUUGAUUGAUUGAGCUCAAGAAACUCAAAUCAAAAUCCUGACAUCGACUUUAAAGUCACUGAGGUGUCUGUCGCUUCAAGUCAUCUUUCAAAUCCUUUAACUCUUGCGCAAGGAGUGAAAAACUUUGGAGUGAUUAGACACAUUGGCUUUACUUGCCUUUUCGUUGCCAUUUCUCCACACGCUGUUCUCUACCAUCUCCUGUAUUGUGCUUACUUUUUUUCAGCCUCAUGACUCAGUUGUUGCUCCCCUCCUUUCAUAGUCAUGUUAGAUGAACUGUAAUGCUUGUUUAUAAAAAUUGGAGGCUGGUAUUAAAAUUAGGGAUGGACGGCGGCAAUAUUCGCCAUUUUGACUCGUAUCGGCAUCAGCCUGAUGACCGAUAAGCAAUCAAUUUACCGUAUUUUCACGACCAUAAGGCGGACUUAAAAGUCUUAAAUUUUCUCCAAAAUUGACAGGGCGCAUUUUAAAGUGGCACAGAGUUCCAAAAUCUGUAAAUGUUGUUGUGUGAUGAGCGCUCACUUGACUGACUGGGAGCAUUUCCUGCCGACACGCUGCUUAUAUAGAGGAAAGGCGGACGUGACUGAGGACAGCAUGCGGACGUUAAAGGGGAAGGGUUGGGGUGACAGAGGACGCUAAAGGCACGCACCAAUAGGUAUAAAGCGCCGGGUUGUGCAUUGUGCAAAACAACAUCGGUUUGGCUAAGAACCCCCGAAAAUGGCACCUACGAAGAGACACGCUGACGAAGCGCAGUUUAAACUGCAAGCUAUCAGUUACGCGGAGGGACCUGGGAAUGGAGCAGCCGCGAGAGAAUUUAAGAUCAACAAAUUCAUGGUUCGAAAGUGGAGGAAGCAGGAACGACGAAGGAACUCCAACUGCUGGACAUCGGUGUAAAUAGGGCGUUCAAAGUGAAGUUGCGAGCGGUGUGGGAGCGGUGGAUGACAGAUGGCGAACACAGCUUUCUAAGACUAGGAGGCAGCGCCGGGCGAGUUACGCCACAAUUUGUGAAUGGAUUGUGGAUACUUGGGGUAACGUGUCUGCUUGCACUGUUGUUCGAGCUUUCGUAAAAGCCGGCAUAAUUUCUGAGGAGCCGCAAGGCAACGAGACUGACUCCGACAAUGAAGGGAACCUGGCGUGUUUGAUGGAGCACUUGCCCAGCUGUUCAUUUCGGAUACAAAAGAUGAGGACUUUGAUGGAUUUGUGGAUGAGGAUUGAUCAAAUAAUAACGUGAGUACAUUGUUAAAUACUUCAAUAAAGUACAACCGAACUCAGUUUUGCUCCCGCUGCCUUUUUAAAAACAUUGUUUUAGCAUGCAUGCAUGCUACCGUAUGUUUUAAGCUAGCGUAUGUUUUACCAUGCCUGCGCCCAAUAAUACGGUGCGCCUUAUUUAUGUGUUAAAUGCAGAAAUAGACCCCGUAACUGAGACUGCGCCUUUUAAUACAGUGCGCCUUAUGGUCGUGAAAAUGCGGUAAAUCUGCUUAAUCUGCGUAAACUUCAGGCAACUAUUUAUUUAAUUACAUUUUCAGUUAACAUUAUCAACACUCUAAUGUAGUAAAAAACAAAACGAUGUGUCCAGAUUAAACAGUCGCCCAACCUCCCUGCUUUCCGCCGUUCGGGUACUAUUGGGGAAUAUCUGCUAUUUUAUGCCCCUCAGCUAUCGAGCCAUGGAGGCCAAUGUUUGCGUCGCAUCCGAUGUCCAUCCAUCCAUUUUCUGAGCCGCUUCUCCUCACUAGGGUCGCGGGAGUGCUGGAGCCUAUCCCAGCUAUCAUCGGGCAGGAGGCGGGGAACACCCUGAACUGGUUGCCAGCCAAUCGCAGGGCACAUACAAACAACCAUUCGCACUCACAUUCACACCUACGGGCAAUUUAGAGUUGUCAAUUAACCUAGCAUGCAUGUUUUUGGGAUGUGGUAGGAAACCGGAGUGACCGGAGAAAACCCAUGCAGGCACGGGGAGAACAUGCAAAGUUCAUACAGGCGAGGCCGGGGAUUGAACCCCGCUCCUCAGAACUGUGAGGCUUGACGCUCUAACCAGUCGGUCACCGUGCCGCCGUAUCCGAUGUCAACACAUUAUAAGUUACUAAACAUUGCCUCCAUGUCGGGAUGGAUACCAAAAGUGGUACUUGUUUUUUUUUGGGGGGGGGGUAAUAUCUAGUACUGAUUCACUUAAAAUCGAUCCGUACCAUAAUUCGGUACCAAAGUCCGCCCGUUGCAGCGGAAAUUAAAGAGUUGGCCAAUUUCCAUGACGCUCUUGAACACAUCAAUGCCGAACAAGAGCAUAAUGGUGUCACUCACAACAACCAACCAUGUGGAACGAAUAUGGUCAAAGUAUGGUGGAAAAGUGGAGGGGUUCUGUUUGAAAAGGUCCGGAAACAUAAUAUCUCCGCUACUGAGUAACGAAGCGGCGGAGUUGCGCUCGUGAUUUAGACAUGUAGCACAAUCCAUAAGCAGGUGGCUGGUUGGUAUGUCGUCAGGCACAGAGAGCUAGCAGGGAGGCAGCAAACUGGGGUCAAAGCGGUUUGUGGGAUACACCAGAAGGCUGAAAAGCCACACAGUGUGGAGGGUAACCACACGAGCGUCCCACACAAGUGAGCUCCACUGGCGUAGCUAGCUUUUGGCUAACGAGUGGCAAUGCAGUAAGCAGCAGAAAGCUAAAGGCUGUUAAACUACUCUUUCGGGGUCGAGGAGUGUUAGCCAGCUGAGUCUAACAAAUGAGUUUAAAGUCCAGAAUUGAUAUGCGACAAUCUUGAGUAAAUUGAUAAAACAAGGUACAUCCAUCCAUCCAUUUUCUGAGCCAUUUAUCCUCACAAGGGUCGCGGGAGUGCUGGAGCCAAUCCCAGCUAUCAUCGGGCAGGAGGCGAGGUACUCCUUGAACUGGUUCCCUGCCAAUUGCAGGUCACAUAUAAACAAACAACCAUUCGCACUCACAUUCACACCUACGGGCAAUUUAGAGUCUUCAAAUAACCUACCAUGCAUGUUUUUGGGAUGUGGGAAGAAACCGGAGUGCCCGGUGAAAACCCACACAGGCACGGGGAGAACAUGCAAACUCCACACAGCCGGGGUCGGGGAUUGAACCCCGGACCUCAGAACUGUGAGGCAGACGCUAUAACCAGUCGUCCACCGUGCCGCAAAACAAGGUACAAAAUAGUGAAAAUAGAGGAGGUAGAGCAGCUUGCCAGCGAUCUCCACAUUGUUGUUCUAUUGUAUUACGUACAGUAUGUGCAUAGUGUAGGUAUGUUGCUAAAUAUUUCGAACCACCUGCAUAUAAAAAUCGAGGAUAUCAUUGGAUAGAGGUUUGAAACAUGAAUAAUGCAGCCCUAUGGGGGGCAGAAGUCAGUGCAUACUGUAGGCCGGUCCCAAGCCCGGAUAAAUGCAGAGGGUUGCGUCAGGAAGGGCAUCCGGCUUAAAACUUUGCCAAACAAAUAUGAGCGUUCAUCCAAAGAAUUCCAUACCGGAUCGGUCGUGGCCCGGGUUAACAACGUCCGCCACCGGCGCCGUCAACCUGCAGGGCGCCAUUGGAAAUUCAGCUACUGUGGGUUGAAGUCAAAGAAGAAGAAGAGGUGGAAAGCGGGUUCUUCGGCAGAAAGAGAAGAGGAAAGCACAGAGCCUAGAACUGAAUGUAGGGACUUUAAAUAUUGGGACUAUGACAGGAAAAUCUCGGGAGUUGGUUAACAUGAUGAUUAGGAAAAAGGUUGAUAUAUUGUGUGUCCAGGAGACCAGGUGAAAGGCAGUAAGGCUAGAAGUUUAGGGGCAGGGUUUAAAUUAUUUUACCAUGGUGUAGAUGGGAAGAGAAAUUAAGUCGGGGUUAUUUUAAAAGAAGAGUUGGCUAAGAAUGUCUUGGAGGUGAAAAGAGUAUCAGAUCGAGUGAUGAGGCUGAAACUUGAAAUUGAGGGUGUUAUGUGUAAUGUGAUUAGUGGCUAUGCCCCACAGGUAGGGUGUGACCUAGAGGUGAAAGAGAAAUUCUGGAAGGAGCUAGACGAAGUAGUUCUGAGCAUCCCAGACAGAGAGAGAGUCGUAAUUGGUGCAGAUUGUAAUGGACAUGUUGGUGAAGGUAAUAGGGGUGAUGAAGAAGUGAUGGGUAAGUAAGGGAUCCAGGAAAGGAACUUGGAGGGACAGAUGAUGGUAGACUUUGCAACAAGGAUGCAAAUGGCUGUAGUAAACACUUUUUUCCAGAAGAGGCACGAACAUAGGGUGACCUACAAGAGCGGAGGUAGAAGCACGCAGGCGAUUACAUCUUGUGCAGACGAUAUAAUCUGAAGGAGGUUACCAACUGUAAGGUAGUGGUAGGGGAGAGUGUGGCUAGACAGCAUAGGAUGGUAGUGUGUAAAAUGACUCUGGUGGUGGAAGAUUAGGAAGACAAAGGCAGAGAAGAGAACCAUGUGGUGGAAGCUGAGACAGGACGAGUGUUGUGCAGCUUUUCGGGAAGAGGUGAGACAGGCUCUCGGUGGACGGGAGGAGCUUCCAGAAGACUGGACCACUGCAGCCAAGGUGAUCAGAGAGGCAGGCAGGAGAGUACUUGGUGUAUCUUCUGGCAGGAAAGGAGAGAAGGAGAUUUGGUGGUGGAACCCCACAGUACAGGAAAUCAUACAAGGAAAAAGGUUAGCUAAGAAGAAGUGGGAUACUGAGAGGACCGAGGCGAGGCGAAAGGAAUACAUUGAGAUGCGACACAGGGCAAAGGUAGAGGUGGCAAAGGCCAAACAAGAGGCAUAUGAUGACAUGUAUGGCAGGUUGGACACUAAAGAAGGAGAAAAAGAUCUAUACAGGCUGGCCAGACAGAGGGCUAGAGAUGGGAAGGAUGUGCAGCAGGUUAAGGGGAUUAAGGAUAGAGAUGGAAAUAUGUUGACUGGUGCCAGCAGUGUGCUAGCUAGAUGGAAAGAAUACUUUGAGGAGUUGAUGAAUGAGGAAAAUGAGAGAGAAGGGAGAGUAGAAGAGGCAAGUGUGGUGGACCAGGAAGUGGCAAUGAUUAGUAAGGGGGAAGUUAGAAAGGCAUUAAAGAGGAUGAAAAAUGGAAAGGCAGUUGGCCCUGAUGACAUUCCUGUGGAGGUAUGGAAGCAUUUAGGAGAGGUGGCUGUGGAGUUUUUGACCAGCUUGUUCAAUAGAAUUCUAGUGCGUGAGACGAUGCCUGAGGAAUGGAGGAAAAGUGUACUGGUGCCCAUUUUUAAGAACAAAGGUGAUGUGCAGAGCUGUGGGAACUAUAGAGGAAUAAAGUUGAUGAGCCACACAAUGAAGUUAUGGGAAAGAGUAGUGGAGGCUAGCCUCAGGACAGAAGUGAGUAUUUGCGAGCAACAGUAUGGUUUCAUGCCUAGAAAGAGUACCACAGAUGCAUUAUUUGCCUUGAGGAUGUUGAUGGAAAAGUACAGAGAAGGUCAGAAGGAGCUACAUUGUGUCUUUGUAGAGCUAGAGAAAGCCUAUGACAAAGUACCCAGAGAGGAACUGUGGUACUGCAUGCGAGAGUCUGGAGUGGCAGAGAAGUAUGUUAGAAUAAUACAGGACAUGUACGAGGGCAGCAGAACAUCGGUCAGGUGUGCUGUAGGUGUGACAGACGAAUGUAAGGUGGAGGGGGGACGGCAUAAGGGAUCAGCCCUGAGCCCCUUCCUUUUUGCAGUGGUGAUGGAUAGGCUGACAGAUGAGGUUAGACUGGAUCCCCGUGGACGAUGAUGUUUGCAGAUGACAUUGUGAUCUGCAGUGAAAGCAGGGAGCAGCUGGAGGAACAGUUAGAAAGAUGGAGGUAUGCACUGGAAAGAAGAGGAAUGAAGAUUAGCCGCAGUAAAACAGAAUAUAUGUGCAUGAAUGAAAGGGGUGGUGUGGGGGAAGAGUGAGGCUACAGGGAGAAGAGAUAGCAAGGGUGGAGGACUUUAGAUACUUGGGGUCAACCGUCCAGAGCAAUGGUGAGUGUGGUCAGGAAGUGAAGAAACGGAUCCAAGCAGGUUGGAACGGGUGGAGGAAGGUGUCAGGUGUGUUAUGUGACAGAAGAGUCUCUGCUAGGAUGAAGGGCAAAGUUUAUAAAACAGUGGUGAGGCCAGCCAUGAUGUACAGAUUAGAGACAGUGGCAUUGAAGUGACAACAGGAAGCAGAGUUGGAGGUGGCGGAAAUGAAGAUGUUGAGGUUCGCUCUUGAAGUGACCAGGUUGGAUAAAAUUAGAAAUGAGCUCAUCAGAGGGACAGCCAAGGUUUGAUGUUUUGGAGACAAAGUUAGAGAGAGAAGACUUUGAUGGUUUGGACACGUCCAGAGGAGAAAUAGUGAGUAUAUUGGUAGUAGGAUGAUGAAGAUGGAGCUGCCAGGCAAGAGAGCUAGAGGAAGACCAAAGAGAAGGUUGAUGGAUCUCGUGAGGGAAGACAUAAUGGCAGUUGGUGUUUGAGAGGAGAAUGCAGGAGAUAGGCUUACAUGGAAAAGGAUGACGUGCUGUGGCGACCCCUAACAGGACAAGCCGAAAGGAAAAGAAGAAGAAGAGGUUUGAAACAUGAAUAAAAUGAGCGCUAGUUUUUAAGAAUUGGAUCAGGAUUAAGGAUUUUAUGCCAUUUUAUGUCGCUAAUCGGCCCAAAUUUACUUGUCCAGAAAUCAGUCUAAAUCAUUCUGAAAUUUGUGACCAAAACCAUGACUCUUUGCUCGCUAAAUGCCGUAUGUUAGUCUUAUUAGUUGAAAAUGUUGUUGUUGAUGUUUAAACAGGCCAUUUUAAGAUUUUUCAGUGGCGGCGUUCGCUUGAGCCAUCCCAUUCGAGGCACACCGAGAGCAAGCACAUCAUCAGGUUUACUCUAAACUUCACAGUAAAUAAGAAUAAUAAUAGUUCAUAUUGUUUUCAAUAGUGUCCGAAUCCUAUGAAUGAGUGAUUUUGGACGCCAAAAUCAAUGAACAUUUAAAAAAAAAAAAUUUCAGAACUACAGAAAAUCUCAUUUGAAUUAAAAAAAAUUCCAGAAGCAAGAUGGUAAAGGGAUUUCCCAACAGUAAUCGGAAAAGAACAAGGAUUACCUUGUGCAAAAGAAUGAGAAAACGCGAUUUUAGUGGACCUCCGCUACAGUCCCCUCCAGAGGUAUUGGAACGGCAAGGUCUUUUGUUUUUGUUGUAUACUGAAGACAUUUGGGUUUCAGAUCAAAAGAUGAAUAUAAGACAAAAGUUCAGAAUUCCAGUUUUUAUUUCAUGGUAUUUACAUCUGUGUUAAACAACUCAGGACAGAGUACCUUUUGUUUGAACCCACCCACUUUUCAAGUGAGCAAAAAUAUUCGAACAUGUGACUGAUGGAUGUUUCUAGUUGCGCAGGUGUUGCCUUUUAGAUUGAUUGCUUAAACAUUAGAUCAUGCUUGUGUUUGGCUUUGGGUUUCACCUUUGAAAACUGCAUUUGCUGUUAAGCAAACAUGAAGACCAGAGAGCUGUCUAUAGGAGAAAAGCAAACCAUUUUGAAGCUGAGAGAAGGUCAGAGCUAUUGCACAAACAUUGGGAAUAGGCAAUACAACAAUUUGAAAUGUCCUAAAAAAGAAAGAAAGUACUGGUGUACUGAGCAACAGACAUCGAACAGGUCGGCCACAGUGGUUAACUCAUUCCCUGCCAAUGCUGUCCAAAGACGUCAUUCAGAAUUGAGCUAUUCCCUGCCAAUGCCGUCUAAAGACUUCAGUGGCGUUUUUUAACAGGGAUGGGUGGGGGAGGGUCUUGUGCAGUUUAUGUGUGAUUGUCAAGCCUGUGGAUAACUGCAAUGAGGAAUGGCACCCUGUAGAGGGCCACAAUGCCUUGAGGUGAAUAUCCCUCCCUCAGAUAGAAGAAGAGGAAGAAGGAGGAGGGGGCGCGGUGAGAAGACAAUGAGAGGAUGCAAGCAUAAUGGCGGAAAAGCGAGAAGACAAAAAAUCUAUUUAAAAAAGCCUUCAGUCCUAGAAAUGUAUUGCACCAAGGCAAGAAAAAUAUUGUUGCGACCGACAGGAAAGAUGCCUUAAUCAUGCGGGGGAAUAAAGGAUGACGCUCCGAGCGAUACCUUUCCUGCAAAGCUAUCGCCUAAAAUGCUGGGCCAUAUAGCGAGAUGCUCUCGACCACUUGCCAGCUGAUUGUCUGCCGACCAGGAUUUGAGUAAGUAGGAUCCGGACUCAUGACGAGUGAACUCCCUCUGGAUCGCCUGGAAGCAGCCGAGCUUCUUUCGGAGUUUCCUCCUGAUGAUAAUGGAGACAAAGGUAACUCGUUUGGAGCUUGCGUUGGCUACAUUUAACGAGCAAACACGCUUCUUCAAUCCUUGUUCUAUAAAAACAUAAUUUGGUCCCACUAGUUCACAUGACAAUGUAACAUCUGUUGCCAGUACGAUUAGAAUUUUCCAUUUCCAGCUCGUCCAUCUUGCAGUAAUUCAACACCCGCGAGUCGAACGUCUUUUAGGAUUGUGGCGAAGGAAAAGGUUAUGCAUCCAGCAGAUGUUCGACUCCCAUUCCAGUACGCAGUGCAGACAAAAAAGGGUGGCUGUGGAUCACUAGGUAGAUCGGGUCGUCCAGUGACCGAAGGGUAACUGGUUCGAAUCCCGCCUCCAACUGUCUUGCAUGUCGAAGUGUCCUUGGGCAAGACACUAAACCCUAAUUUGCUCCCACUGGGCCUGGCAGCUCCUUGCAUGGCAGCGACUGCUGGUUCACAUUGGUGUAUGAAUGUGUGUGUAAAUGGGUGAAUGUGAGGCUUUGUAAAGGGCUUUAGGCACUGUGAUAAUGUAGAUAAAGUGCUAUAUAAGUGCAGUCCAUUCACCAUUUUCCUCCCGAAACAGAUUUGGCUGAAACUAGCCUAUAUUUGACUGCUGAUUACUAAAGAACGGUAUAAGCUAGAGACAAACUUUUUAUUUUCUGAUGAAAGAAUCAGAUCUUUUUUUUUUUGUGGUUUUGGUGUUUACAUAGUGCACAAUAUUCCGUGGGGCUUGAAAAUUUUGUGAAAUUGCUCUAAAAUGCCUGGCAGUCUAGGGAUUACCUGCUCAGGAAACGGCUGGCAGUGAAUGAAACAGAACAGAAACAUUGUGAGAGCUGUGAAGACACACCCAAGACAAGAGUCAGUGACAUCACUGCCAACCUCCACGAGGCAGGAGUGAAGAUAACACAAUCCUCUGUUCAAAGAAGAGGUCGAGAGAAGAAAUAUACAGGCCAUACCACAAGAUGUAAAGCACUCAUCAGCAAAAAUAAUCGAAGGCCAGAUUGGAUUUUGGAACAAUGUUUUAUGGACUGAUGAAUCAAGAUUAACCUCUAACAAAGUGAUGGAAAAGCCAAAGUAUGGAGAAAGAAAGGAUCUUCUUAUGAUCCAAAACACACAAGCUCAUCUGUGGCAAAUAAAGAUGAUUCUGAUUCUGAUGGUGGAGGUAAUGUCAUGGCUUGGGCUUGCAUAGCUGCUUCUGGAACGGGCUCACUAGUCUUUAUUGAUGAUGCAACUCAAGAUUUUAGCGGCAGAAUGAAUUCUUAUAUCUACAAAACCAUUUUGUCUGGCAAUUUACAGAAAAAUGCAUCCAAACUAAUCGGGAGAAGCUUCAUCAUGCAACAAGACAAUGACCCAAAAACACUGCCAACACAACAAAGGACUUCAGGGGGAAAAAGUGGAAGGUCUUAGACUGGCCAAGUCAACCACCGGACCUUAACCCAUUAGAGCAUGCAUUUUACCUCCUGAAGAGGAGACUGAAGGUAGAAACCCCCAGAAACAAACAAGAACUGAAAGAGGCUGCAGUAAAGGCCUGGAAAAGCAUUUCAAAUGAAGAAUGCAACAGUCUGGUGAAGUCAAUGGGUCGCAGGCUUGAUGCAGUUAUUCCAAGGGUUAUGCCACCAAAUCCAUCCAUCCAUCCAUUUUCUGUACCGCUUAUGCCACUAGGCUCGCGGGUGUACUGGAGCCUAUCCCAGCUAUCUUCGGGCGAGAGGCGGGGUACACCCUGAACUGGUCGGCAGCCAAUUGCAGGGCACAUAUAAAGAAACAACCAUUCACACUCACAUUCACACCUAAGGGCAAUUUAGAGUCUUCAAUCAACCUACCAUGCAUGUCUUUGGGAUGUGGAAGGACACCGGACUACCUGGAGAAACCCCACGCAGGCAUGUGGAGAACAUGCAAACCCAGUUUGAACCCCGGUCCUCAGAACUGUGAGGCUGAUGUGCGAACCAGUCGGCAACCUUGCCGCCAUGCCACCAAAUAUUAAAUGUUAUUCACUUAAAGUUAAUUUAAUAAUGUCCGUUCCAAUACGUUUGUUAACUGGAAUAGUGGGUGGCUUCAAACAAAAGGUACUAUGUCAUGAUUUAAUGCAUCUAGAUGUAAAUACCAUGAAAUAAAAGCUGGAAUUCUGAA